AUGUAAAAAAAAUUUAACUAAUUUGGUAAUGAGAGUAAGGAUAGUACGAUGAAUCUUUUUAGAGUUCGACCAUAAUUCUUAACUCAUGUGUCUCCUGUGGCUGUUGAAGAGGCUCAUAAAAAUUUCUUUAGUGGAUCAAAGGAACUAUUAGAUAAAAUACCAGAUCAUGAAAAAGGACCUAGACAGGAUUCUAAAGGGAAUAUUGUCAAGUAUACAGUUGUGGGAAGUGUGCAAUAGUUUUUGGCUGAAAAAUCAAGAAGUUAAUAAUAAUAUAGAAAACCUGCGUAGAUAAGGGUUACUGCAAAUUCUCAAGCAACUCCUUCUACUCUGCAAUAAAAUGACUAAUCAGAAAGAAUGGUUUUCAGUUCAAAAGGUAUUUGUUCUCAUUUAUAGUGGCAUAGAAUAAUCUAGUAAGGAUAUCUAAUAAAAAAAAAAUAAAGUUAAAACUAAAGAAUUUUAGGAAGUAAUUUUAAAUGAUGAUCAAGUUUAAGAACAUAUUCUAUAGAUCUAAUAGAGGAUUGAAAGGAAUAAAAUAGAAGUAUUUAUGAUUAAUUAUAAAAAUUAAGAAUGAAAAAAAAACGAGAUAAUUGUAAAGUAGAAUGUCAAAAGGGGAAUCCUUGAAAAUGAGUCAGUGUGAAAGAGUGAUUGAAACAUUCGAUUAGGUUCAAUAAGAUUGGGACUUGACAAAAAUUAAAUUAGAAUCAAAAAUGCAAAGAUUACCAGGUCAAUCACUUCUGGAUAGAAUAGAAUAACAUAGGAUAAAGGAAGAAAUGAAACGGUUACUUGAUGCUUUGACACCAAUAGAAGUGAAACAAGGAAAUUAAUUUUGGGUAUUUUCACUCAAUAAAGUAAAUAGCGACUAGGAUUAAGAAAAAAGGACUCAAAUAUUAAACCCAAGACUUUUGUAGAUUUAUUUGAAAAAAAUUACUAGGUCUAUGGCAAUCCUAAAUCUCCAUAAGUCGAAAUUGUUAGGAGGUCUUCCUUAAGUUAACUUGAUUUUAAACCUUUUAGCACAUUCACUUCUCAAUCUGCUCUUAACAAAAAGCUGUCUGAAAAUUCUGAUCUUAUUUUGAAAUUAAUACCAACCGUCCCUGACGAUGUUGGGAAUCUCGAAAUUGUUGGCAAAAAUGUACUUGAAUAAGAGAUUAUUUAAUUACGAUCUCGAUCUCAUAAAAAUUCGUUUCCUUAUGUAAGAUUCAGCAAUAACUCAAAUUAUGAAAAAUAUAUAAUGAAAGUUCCAGCUAAACCAGAAACAUAAUAGGAUGAAGAAAUAAUAGAGGAAAAUUAUGAUAGAAGGCGUCUAUUGUCUUAGGGGAAACUUUCUGAAAUCCAAGGGUAUUUCUGA